UAACUAACUGCUGGAGAAUCCAUGGCUUCCCUCUCUUCUCUAGCCUUCUCCAGCCCUCGCCCCCUCCGUCAUCAACCCAACCCUAAUCUCGACGUUCGCCUCCCUUUCACUCUGCGUACAUCCACCUAUCUCAAUUUCUCCGCCAAAGCCAACUCCGGUCAACAACCAACUCCACCCCCCUCAGAGACGGAGGAGAAAAAAUCUUUUGCGGUAGCUACAGGCGAACUUUUCAUUGGAAUAGCGUCGCGUAUACUGCAGCGUCGAGUAGGGGGUAGUGCUGGAAUAGAGGGACAGGGAAUGUCGAUGUUUAAGGACGAUCCGGAGAAGGAGAGUUAUCUGUGGAAGAGGAGGAAGGAGGAAAUUGCGAAGGUGGUUGAGGAUCCCGUCCAUCCGGAGGUAUUGUGGGAGCAGACUGUCAAGGACGUUGAAGCUGAGCAGGGGUGGAAGCCGGUUACUAGUCCUGGAUUUAGCUUUUCCGCUGCUGGUCUCUUGUUUCCAUAUCAUCUUGGGGUAGCUCAUUGUCUAAUUGAGAAGGGAUACAUAAGGGAAACAACAGCCUUGGCUGGUUCAUCUGCUGGUGCUAUUGUUUGUGCAGUAAUAGCAUCUGGAGCGACAAUGCAAGAGGCACUGAAGGCAACAAAAUUAUUGGCUGAGGAUUGCCGGCUUAGGGGAACUGUCUUCCGCCUUGGGGCUGUUCUCCAAAAUAGUUUAGUGGGACUUUUGCCAGAUGACAUCCAUAUUAGGUGCAAUGGAAGAGUUCGCAUUGCCAUAACAGAGAUUUUUUGGAGGCCAAGGAGUUUGCUGGUUGAUCAGUUUGAUUCUAAGGAGGAUCUCAUAAAUGCAGUAAUGACAUCUUCUUUUAUUCCUGGAUAUCUUGCACCAAGACCUGCCACGAUGUUCCGUAACCGACUUUGCAUUGAUGGGGGUUUGACAGUUUUUAUGCCGCCAACUUCUGCUUCUGAAACGGUACGCGUUUGUGCUUUCCCAGCUAGCCGGCUAGGACUGCGUGGAGUCGGGAUUAGUCCGGACUGCAAUCCUGAAAAUAGAGCCACCCCGCGGCAGCUCUUUAAUUGGUCAUUGGAGCCUGCAGAGGAUGAAAUCCUAGAUAACCUAUUCGAGCUCGGGUAUGCAGAUGCAGCUGUGUGGUCAGAAGAGAACCCGUUGGAGGAUUUAGUUCAGGAAGAAGGUUGCAGUUCUGUAUCAGAGAAGCUUCAACAACAGUAGUCUUACAAGUUAUAAACCCAGUUUUAUGGUUGCACCAACCACUACUUGUGGGGUUUAUAGAUGAAAGCACAUCCGGCGCGGAGAUAACAAGCCAAAAAAUAGUGUACUUUUUAGUGGUUAUAUUUUUGUAUAGUACACAAAGGACUAUGGAGUCUAUGGGCCUGUUUGGUCAUUUGAUGAUGGUUGUAGUGGCUUGAAAAUGCUGAAAUCGCUGAAAUUGUGUUUGGUAAUCUAUCUUGAUUGAAGUGAGUAUAAUUACCCUAGAGGGUAUUAGUUUCUUCGUAUUUUAAAUGUCUUAGUUUUGCUAAUACAAUUAUUUUAAAAGGCUCAUAAAGGAUUGUUAAUGGAGUGUGAAAGGACCACAACUACGUUUUUUCAUUGUUAAUGUUACCAAAAUUACGUUUUUUCCUUUA